GGCUGAUGUGAGGAUUACAUCCGACAAAGAGGAGUAUCUUGUGGAAGCAGCAGUCGUGGAGCACCUAGCAGAAGAUGUACUACUAGGACAGGACAUUCCACUUCACAAGCAUAUGGUGAAACGUCUUAAUAGAGAAGAGCAGUUAGAGUUACUACGUCAACUGAAGGAGGAUAUCAGUGAAGAUCAUCUGGAAGGGGAAGCAUUAGCAGUUACAACACGAGCAAUGAGGAAGCAGAGGACUACUUCGGAGGAGCAGCAGAGGACUACUUCAUCUGAGGGGAAGCAGAGGACUACUUCAGAGGAGCAGCAGAGGACUACUUCAUCUGAGGGGAAGCAGAGGACUACUUCAUCUGAGGGGAAGCAGAGUACUACUUCAGAGGAGCAGCAGAGGACUACUUCAUCUGGAAGAGAGCAGAGUACUACUUCAGAGGAGCAGCAGAGGACUACUUCAUCUGGAAGAGAGCAGAGUACUACUUCAGAGGAGCAGCAGAGGACUACUUCAUCUAGAGGGAAGCAGAGGACUACUUCAUCUAGAGGGAAGCAGGGGACUACUUCAGAGGAGCAGCAGAGGACUACUUCAUCUGAGGGGAAGCAGAGGACUACUUCAUCUGAGGGGAAGCAGAGUACUACUUCAGAGGAGCAGCAGAGGACUACUUCAUCUGGAAGAGAGCAGAGUACUACUUCAGAGGAGCAGCAGAGGACUACUUCAUCUGGAAGAGAGCAGAGUACUACUUCAGAGGAGCAGCAGAGGACUACUUCAUCUAGAGGGAAGCAGAGGACUACUUCAUCUAGAGGGAAGCAGGGGACUACUUCAGAGGAGCAGCAGAGGACUACUUCAUCUGGAAGGAAGCAGAGUACUACUUCAGAGGAGCAGCAGGGGACUACUUCAUCUGAGGGGAAGCAGAGUACUACUACUUCAGAGGAGCAGCAGAGGACUACUUCAUCCGGAAGGGAGCAGAGUACUACUACUUCAGAGGAGCAGCAGAGGACUACUUCAUCUGGAAGGAAACAGAGGACUACUUCAGAGGAGCAGCAGGGGACUACUUCAUCUGAGGGGAAGCAGAGUACUACUACUUCAGAGGAGCAGCAGAGGACUACUUCAUCUGGAAGGGAGCAGACUACUACUUCAGUGGAGCAGCAGAGGACUACUUCAUCUGGAAGGGAGCAGAGUACUACUACUUCAGAGGAGCAGGCA